UUCUAAUCAUUUGAUUUUGAACAACAGAUAAUUAGGCAAGCAGCACAAUACUGGAAUAGAAAUUAAUCAUGGAUUACACAACAAAUCAAGCAGUAACCAUGACGACCAAUGCUACAGAAUUCAAUAAGACUUAUGUAAAAUUGGACACAUGGGACAUUGUUACUGUUGUACUGUAUUUUGUAUUUGUAAUUGCUGUGGGAUUAUAUGCAAUGUGCAGAUCGAACAGAGGGACGGUCACAGGAUAUUUUUUGGCUGGAAGAUCCAUGCUGUGGAUGAUGGUUGGAGCCUCUCUUUUUGUGAGCAACAUUGGAAGUGAACACUUUAUCGGAUUGGCUGGAUCUGGUGCUGCAGUAGGACUCGGUGUUGCUGCUUGGGAGAUCAAUGCUCUGAUGAUUUUACAAUUACUUGGAUUCUUCUUUGUUCCUGUAUACAUAGCUGGAGGUGUUGUGACAAUGCCAGAAUAUUUGUCGAAAAGAUUUGGCGGAAGAAGACUUCGAGUAAUGAUUGCUGUUUUGUCUCUCCUGUUGUAUAUAUUCACUAAAGUAUCGGUCAACUUGUACUCUGGAGGACUUUUUAUUCAACAGUCACUCGGCUGGAAUAUCUAUCUUUCCAUGAUAGGUUUAAUUUUCAUCACUGCUAUAUUAACUGUCACUGGAGGUCUGGCCGCUGUCAUAUACACUGAUACAUUGCAGGCAGUAUUGAUGAUUGGUGGAGCAACCACGUUAACGAUACUAAGUUUUAUUCAAGUUGGCGGAUAUGAAGGAAUGAAGGAGGAGUACAUGGAUGCAAUUCCACAGAGUACAAUUGAUGGAAAAACUAAAGGAUGUGGAGUUCCAUACAAUGAUUCAUUUGUGAUGCUGCGUGAACCCAGUGAUGAAAACAUGCCAUGGAUUGGAUUUUUGAUUGGUCAAACGCCUGCUUCCAUCUGGUACUGGUGUACAGAUCAGGUAAUUGUACAACGAGCUCUUGCUGCAAAAAGUUUAUCUCAUGCUCAAGGAGCGACAUUACUCGCUGGUUUCAUCAAAAUUCUUCCCAUGUUCAUCAUGGUUAUGCCAGGAAUGAUCAGCAGAAUAUUAUAUACUGAUGAAGUUGCAUGUGUCGAUCCUGAUAUUUGUUAUGAAGUUUGUCAAAGUACAACAGGAUGUAGCAAUAUUGCAUUUCCUAGGCUUGUAUUAGGUGUUAUGCCUACAGGUGCGAGAGGUCUUAUGAUGUCUGUCAUGAUUGCUGCAUUGAUGAGUGAUUUGGACUCAAUAUUUAACAGUGCAAGCACAAUUUUUACCAUCGAUAUAUGGAAGCGAGUUAUCAGAACAAAAGCUGGAACUCGAGAAAUGAUGAUAGUUGGUAGAGUGUGGGUGUUAGUUAUGGUGGGACUCAGUAUUGCAUGGAUUCCACUUAUGCUGGAACUUCAAGGAGGUCAACUAUUUCUCUCAAUUCAAGAAAUCAGUGGAUAUCUGUCUCCUCCCAUUGCAGCUGUGUUUUUAACUGCUGUUUUGUGGACCCGAUGCAAUGAACAGGGUGCGUUUUGGGGAUUAUUGACUGGGAUUGCUGUUGGUUUGAUUCGAAUGUUUAUUGUGUUCGCUUAUCAGUCUGACGCAGGAUCCUGUCUCACCAUUGAUAAAAGGCCGGAAUGGUACCAGAUAUUAAUAGGAAGACUUCACUUCAUGUAUUUUGCUUUUAUCCUGUUUGCCAUAACAAUUAUAGUUGCAGUCAUUGUAAGUUUGCUUACAGAAAAACCGACAAAACAACAGAUUUCCCGAAUUACCUGGUGGACUAAAAAUUGGAAAGAACGAAGAGAUGAUUUGUUAGAAGAUGAGACUGAAAUGAUGAAUUUAUCAGAAAAAAAUGAAAAAUCAAAACUAGAUGAAGGGAUUGAGGAAGAGAAUGAGGGGAAGGUUAGUAUAUGGAGAAAAGGCUACGAAUGGUUCUGUGGAUACAGUGACACAACAACAACGGAGCAUCAAACAUAUGAAGAGAAGAAGCAAAGCAUCGCGAGAAUUACAAGCAUUGAACAAGAUCCAAAAGCAGUCAUCCUUUUGCGUAGUCUUCUAAUUGUUAUAUUGUCCAUAGGAAUUUUCAUCUAUGUGUACUUUUCCACAUAGAAUAAAUACUACUAGAAUUAUGUUUGUUACAAUGGCACAGAGAAUUCAUUUCUCAAUAUAACUUUUUUAGUUCUAAUAUUGAUCAUGAUACCAACAAUAUUCAACCCAACCUAUUGUUCGGCAUUUGCAGGUAAUUACUCUUUGUGCAAGAUUGUCAUGAUGCAAUUAAUAGGAAUAUGCAUAAAACUUAAUAAAAGUUCGAAAUAAUUCAAAAUUGCAUGCAUUCAUUCUUACGAUAGUCUUUGUAUUGUGUAACACUUUAAUCUUCAAUUUCAUAUUUAGGAAAUCAACAUGCUUUGCAUCGGAGCCUUAAAAUUUAUACUCGAAUUCGUUUUAUUUCUUAUUGCUCAGAUAGCGUGAUGCAAAUAAUGAAUUAAUUUAUCACUAAAAAUCCAUCCAUUAUUGUCAUUUCAAAUUAAUGUGUCUGUUUUUGUCGUGUCAUAUUGCUAAACCAUAUAUUGCAAAAAUUGCUUUGUCUUAUGUUAUGUUGUUUUCCUAAAUACAAUGAAGUGCAAAGUCUUCAUCAAAUUACCUCUACUAUCAUGCUACAUUUUCUAUGCAUUUUAAAUUAAAGUGACUUCUCACAUUUUUCCACAUGUCAAUACACCGCACAUUGAUGUCCGCUCUCUACAUCGCCAGAUAUAGUUGUUUAAAAUGAAUUGCACAAAUUUGAAAUUGAGUAACACUGUAAGAAGCAAAUCUUUUCACUUUUGAAACUUAUGUCAUUCUUAGUCGCAUACUGGCUUCACUUUUUUCACUGAAUGCUUAAUUUGCUUAAAGCAGUCUCAAGUCCGUACUAUAACCAUGACAAAUAGAUAAUUUUUUCACAUAUUAAACAUUUUGUCUUAGGAGCAUGCUUAAUACAAUGGAGAGCAAAGAUUAUUGAAAGGAAUCUACCAUAAUAUAAUUAUAACUCUUACCUAUUAAUGUGUAAAAAAUGAAUUCAAAAUAACAUAGAAUUUAAAUUAUGAAACACAUUUUUAUUGCAAUUUACAUGGGUAUACACUACCGGCUAUUCUUCUUUUAGCUGGAUUUGCAGUCAUCCUCGCUUUGUCUUUUUUUUUUUCUAAAAUUUUGUUGUGUUUUUGACUUGAUUGGUGUGCCUUCGUGGUUAUCAAUCUACCGUAUAUUUCGGAUUUUAUGGAUUCGGCCCAGGAACGAUGUUGCUCAAUAUUAUUAAAAAAAGAUUCAAUGUAGGCCUAAUUAGAAUUGUGCAGUUUGAAUAUAAUUGAGGUUUUAUCUUGGUACAUCAUAACUUUUUUAUUUUCACAUAUGAAACAAUGUUUGUGACUUUUUAAAGCGGCUUGUAUUUAAAACCACCCGAUCUAGGAUGUUUCUUCUCUAAUAAUUACUGUACAAUUUUUGUAGGCAAUUUUUUAUGUUAUUGUUUUUAAAAUUUCUACUUGCUAUUAGAAUCACAAACAAAAUCCACAUGUAUUUGUAAAGUUCACUAUUUCACAGAUCGUUUUAUUUUGUGUUUUGGGCAAUUGUUUUUGCAUGUUGCACGAAUUUUCGGCCAUCAAACGGGUAUCUUCUAAAAGUUAAUUCACCUGGUCAACCUAGUAUUUUAGUAUUAGCCGAAAAUUAUAUAAUAGGUUACUUUUUUACAGAACCCAGAAAUGUACUUUUAGUAUAUUGAAUAUUCUUCAAGGCCUAAACAUCGAGUGAUUCCUAAUCAUAUAUAUAUAUGUGUAUUCAAAAAGUGAUGCAAUUUACAAUUUUUUUAUUCGUCAUUCAGUUAACUUAAGAUCAUCGUCAGUCAAAACAUAAUAAAAUCACAUUUUCUUCAA